AUGUCAAAGCGCAAACUCGCUACUUAUCAUGCUGCCCCUGUUGUGAGCCGCCCAUUAACUCCAGAAGAACAUAAAGUGAUUGAACCCAUGAUUCGUGUUGAUCAAGCUGGCGAAGUAGGUGCUUAUUACAUCUACAAAGGACAGAUUGCUGUCUUGGGAAAAGACAAGAAACUGAAGCCUAUUCUUCAAGAAAUGUGGGACCAAGAGAAAUUACAUUUAGCCAAAUUUGAUGCCUUAGUAGGCCAUCAUAGAAUAAGACCUAGUUUCUUGCGUCCUGUUUGGGAAGUGGCCGGUUAUACUGUAGGAUUCGGAACUGCUUUAAUAGGUAAAGAAGCAGCGAUGGCAUGUACAGAGGCGGUAGAGACUGUGAUUGGUAAUCAUUACGAUGAUCAACUGCGUGAACUGGUAGCUAUUAAAGACCAUAAUCAAGAACUUGCUGACCUUAGCCAGACUGUAGCCAAAUUCAGAGAUGAAGAAUUAGAACACCAUGAUAUUGCUAUUGCUCAUGAUGCUCAACAAGCACCUUUGCAUUCUUUACUCAAACAUGUCAUUAUGCAGGGUUGUAAGACUGCUAUCUGGAUUGCUUCCCGCGUGUAA